UUGCCGUUUUCUCCUCCUCCUCCUCCUCCUCCUCCUCGGUGUGGAACGGCGGCGGUGGUGAAUCAAUCAUGGGUUGCACAGUGUCCAUCGACGCAGAAUGCUGGGUGCAGGCGCCGGAUCAGCCGCGGAGGUGCUCCAGGAGGCCUGCUGGAUGCCGGGUGCAGGCGCCGAAUCAGCCGCGGAGGCGCCAGAUUAGCCGCGGAGGUGCGGUUUCUCUCGGCGGAGGGGAGAAGGAGACCGGUGGCGGCGCGGCGGGGAGGUGCCGGUCCAAGCGCAAGCGGUGCUUCCCAGCAUCGUCGCCGCCGAUGGUGGAGGAGCCAGCGAAGAAGCGGCAGAGGCGAGCGACGCCGGCGCGCGACCACGUGGAGAUCUACCCGCGGGAGCUCAUGCAACGGCUCGACGACGGCGGCGUGUCGGCUGCCGGAUCGCCGGAGUUCGACGUCCUGUCGGCGUCCCGGGACCCGGUCGCGCCACCUCCUUCGGAAAUCCAGCAAAGGAUGAUCGACGACGGCAAGUCGGCAAACAAGGCCCGCGGACGGGUCGUCGUGUACCUGACGAGCAUCCGCGGCAUCCGGAAGACGUACGAGGACUGCUGCGACGCGGCCACCAUACUCUCCGGCUACGGCGUGCGCGUUGACGAGCGCGACCUGUCGAUGCACGCCGGGUACAAGCACGAGCUGCGCGACGCGCUCGGCAUCAGCGGCGCCCUCGCCACGCCAGGGCUCCCGCAAGUGUUCGUCGACGGCAGGCAUUUGGGGGGAGCCGAGGAGGUCCGCCGCAUGCAUGAGUCAGGGGGUCUCGGCGAGGCGCUGGUGGACUGCGAGGCGGCCUUCGUGGCGGAGUCUUGCCAUGGCUGCGGAGGCCUGCGUUUCUUGCCGUGCUUCGACUGCUCUGGCACAGGCGCGUUCAGGACGUGCACGGAGUGCAACGAGAACGGGCUAGUGAGGUGUCCAAUUUGUGAAUGAAAAACUUUGUUUGGCAGCAACAAAACCACACUAGUAUUGCAAUGCCACGCGAGG